UUAAUCUUUUUCUCUCAUGAAACACUGAAACAGCACCAGUUUUCGCUUUUCGCUUUUCGCGGUAACUGAUCAUCAUGAGUUGAGAAUGUUACAAGGCUUUGUUUGUUUUUGUUUAACUUUGAGAAUUGCCAAUUUUCUCUCUCCUCAAAACCAUGGAAAAACUGAAGCAAUACAUCUUCAAACUCGCUAACUCUGACCCAAACACGCCAUUAUCUCCUUCCCAAAUCUCCCUCAUCGAACACCAAUUCCUCUUGACCUUCCCUGUUCUUCACACUCCCACUCACCCCACUUAUGCUGCGAUGAUACAUAAUGCAAUAAAGGGUUUGAAUGAGAAAGAUGGAUCGAAGGAGGAGUCGAUUUCGGAGUUUAUUAAAGCAAAUUAUGAUGAUUUGCCAUGGGCACAUGAUGCAUAUUUAAGGCAUCAUUUGAGUGAACUUUGUAAAAAUGGUGAAAUUUUGUGUUACACUUCAGCUACUGGUAAAUGCUACACUAUAGAGGCAAUGGCUUUAAUAAAAGAAUGCAAUUUGAGGAAGAAGAGAAGUUUUAGGAGGUUAAGAAAUAAGUGUAUGAUCGAGGAUGAGGAGAUAGAUUUAGGUGGAGGAAGAGUGGUUGAAAUGAGUGAUAAUCUGGAUGGGGUUGAAGAAGAUGAUGUUGUGAUGUUUGGAAGGAGCAGGGGGAAUUCAACAAGGCGAAGUUUGGUUAUUGAUGAAGAAGGUGAUGAAGUUGAUGCUUCAGAGUUGAUGCUUCUUGAGAAGUCAUCAUUGACUGUGAUUACGAGUGUUGAAGGUGAUAUUGCUGUGGAAGAGUCGGGUUUGAAAGUAAGCGAGCUUAUGAUUGUGCCUUUUGAGGGAAACACUCUCAAAUCAUCAGAAGAGAGAAAGUAUCCUAUGAUUGUGUGUGGUUUGGCACUAGAAAAACCGAAACAACACAAGUGUAACUAUCUUCCCAAGAAGCAACGCCAACAAAAAGUGGAAGUCGUCUCUGUGGAAUCAAUGCCAUCUCUCCCAGCUUUACCGAAACAGAAACAACAGGACUGUCCGAAAAAGAAAUCUGGUUUAGACGACCCACUACAUGAGUUUUGUUCUCAGAGAAGUCUUGAGACCAAGGUAAGUGGGAUGGAGACUGAAAUGGAACCACCAUGGUUGCUUCCUAUGUUGAAGGGGCGGUACUUUAUCCCCUGCUCACUGCAUGCAGAUACAAAGAAGAGUGAUUGUAACAUGUUCUGCUUAGAUUGCAUGGGAGAUGCCUUUUGUCUUAAUUGUUUGUCCCUCCACAGUGAGGAUCACCGUGUUAUUCAGAUAAGAAGGUCAUCAUACCACAACGUGGUGAGAGUGGGUGAGAUACAGAAGCACGUAGACAUAUUAGGCAUUCAGACAUACAUCAUCAACAGUGCAAAGAUUGUGUUCCUCAAUGCGCGCCCACAGUCAAACUCAGGCAAGGGUACCAAAACCUGUGAAAUUUGUCGCCGUGCCCUCCUUGAUUCCUCCAGAUUCUGUUCUCUUGGUUGCAAGGCUUGUGCAACGCUGAUGGAGUCAGCAAAGUUAAAAGAAAGUCAAGAAGCCUGUACAUCAUCCAUGCCUAGAGAUAGUUUCAUUGAACAGAUGGAGAAACCGAAGAAUUUGGACCCUUGGCAUCCUAGUAGCCUGGAAGAGCUUAUGCCCAUGGAGGAUGAAGAGGAUUUGCCUCUUCGAAAGGUAUUGGAGAAGUGUGGUAAGCGAAAAAAGGAUGCAGUGAAAAUACCAACAGAAAAAAGUCCUUUAGUGAAUUUGAUUGUUAAAGAUACCGCCUCCAUGCUUUCUCAAUUUGAUAAGAUCAAAAUCCAUGAAAAUCAUCAAGUGCGAAAAUCAACAGAAAGGGCUUGUUUAGGGACAGAGGAAUCAUCUGUACCAUUAACCAAUUUGAUUUUAGAAGAGACAGACUUGAUGGUUUGCCAAACUAAUAAUAAGAUGAAAAGCAAGGAACUGGAAACUGACAGGCAAAUUGUUGAGCCAUGGGGAUUUCCUGUAAUAGGACAUAUGGUGUCUGAUAAUCUGCAAAGAGAGCAGGAGAAGAACCAAGAGCAGCUCAUAAGUGAGUCACCUUUAUCAGAACAAUCCAUGCAGAAUCCCAAGCAACAAAUACAAGGACAAAGUCAAAAUGAUCAGGAUCUACUACAAGUACCUGCUGCUCCAUUUGAAGAGGGAAAUGUACCCUCUUCUGCCGUUGAGAAAUGUGAGCAUCAGACCACGCAGUUGAAGAGAGAACAGAAACACUUAGAAAUAAGCAAGGAAGAUGCAAUACCUUCAUCAAAUGAGCACCUUCAGCAUCCGAAAAGAAAUGGCCGUGGAAGACCCCGGAAAGAUAAAGAAGGAAUCAAUGAAGUAUUGAGUUUACAGUCGCAGAUGCAAAGUAAACAGAUGAAGAAAGGUGGUCGAGGAAGGCCGAGGAAACAAAUGGAAGCACCAAAAAAAGACGCAGACACUGGCCAAGACUCUAAACAGCAAACCAAAAACCGAAAAAAGGAUGGCAGAGGGAGGCCACGGAAACAAGUAUCCAAGGAAGAUGCAACAGAUUCUAGUAAUUUGGAAAUUCAUCAAUCAGAAUUGGUAACUAAUCAGCAGAAAGUUAAACAGCUAAAAAAGGGUGGCCGAGGAAGGCCAAAGAAACAAAAGGAAGCUCCUUCAAUGAAUUUGAAUCUGCAAGAAAAUAACCAGAUUAAAAAGAAUGGCCAAGGAAGACCAUGGGAACAGGAUGAAAAUGUAGAAGAUUUAGCAGCUUCAUUAAAUCUGCCUCAUGAGCUGGAACAAGUAUCAGACCAAGAGAAGGAAGUGGCUGAUUGUGUUGAUGCCGAACUUGAUAAUUUACAAAGUAAAAUUCACGAGAUAGAUAAUAAAGGACAUGGUGAUGUUACUCCACCCUCAUAUGAUGGUACUCAUCAUAGCCUGAAGAAUAAAAAAUUUGAAGGUGAAGCAAGAGCACUGACUACCUCCUUAGAUAAGCAGCCUGAUCAUCAGUCAGAAGAGCAAGAAAGUCUUCUUAAAGAAAAUCCAUCCAAGAUUACAGCAAUUCAAGUCCCUCUUUCCUCGAAAGAUCAGCUCCGUUCGAGGGUAAAACGCCAGUGUCAAGAUAGCACUUGAAUUAGACUUUAUCUAUUGCAUAUCCAAAUAAGUUCUAUCUUAAAGACCUUCACUUUCAGAAUACUAAGCAUAGGUACUGUGUGGUAUUAGAUAUUUAGAUACUAUAUCUUUUUUGGUGCUCAAUUAUACUAAUGAGAACAAGGAGAAUGUUGGAGUAUUACUCAAGUAAGUACUUUUAUUAGUAGGAUUCAUCUCGACUUUACUUACUAAUUAUGAUGCAGCCUUGCUCUGAAAUGCUUUUGUCUUUGUAUAUUAGAUCAAAAUAUGGAAUUAAUAGUAUUAUAAUUUUGAUAGUUCA